AGCAGCUUAAGAGUCGAUGAUCCAGAUGAUUGCAUAUAUAAAAACGGUGGAUCGUGCUAGAGGCAUAAUCACUCGAGACCACUCAUCUGGUACACACGUGAAAGCAUAAACAUAAUCUUUUAAAUCAAAUCCAAAAUGAAGACCAUCAUUGUCUGCAUCCUUGCCCUGGUCGCCAUUGUUGCGGCACGCCCUGACACGACGUACACCGACCGCUACGACAACAUUAACAUUGACGAGAUCCUCAACAACAAGCGUCUCCUGACGCCUUACAUCAAGUGUAUGCUUGACCAAGGAAAAUGCUCAGCUGAGGGCAAGGAACUUAAAUCUCACAUCAAAGAAGCCCUAGAAACCUAUUGUGAGAAAUGUAACGAUACUCAGAAGACCAAGACUCGCCAGGUUAUCAGUCACCUCGUGAACAACGAAAACGAGUACUGGAACCAGCUCACAGAAAAGUACGACCCCGACCACAAGUACACCAAGAAAUACGAAGACGAACUCAGAAAGAUCAAGGCGUAAUAUGACCUGUAAAAUA